AUGUCCCAAAUGUCCUCCCAUCUUCCCCAUUCAACCUUGCAUUCCGAUGAAACCCAGGGGCCCCCCGACUUCACUACACCCUCGAUUCCACAUAAUCGAUUCCACAGUUUACCUUCACAUCGCCGAUCCAAUACUGAAUAUAUUGCACGACCACCUAUUUUCGAAGAAGACGUGCAUGACCUUGACCCAACCUCCUCACGAAUCAUCCCUUCCUGGACAGAUACAUUCCCAAAGAAGAAGUUUGAAGCAAGGGCAAGGAUCCUCUCAGAUUGGUUUCAAGGCAAAUCCGAUCCAGUCACAUUAGGAAGCAGCAACAUGCGUCCCAGUUCCGCAGCUAACGGCGAGAUGGAUCCCGCCCAUGUCAACACUGCAUCCAUGGGACACUCCCGCCAGAUUUCGGUCCCAAUAGCUGGCCGAUUCUCGUUCUUUGGCCUUCGAAAACAACAAUUACCCGUUCUUCCAGAGCCUGCAGAUGAUGAGUUCUUGAACCUGGACAUCUUGGCGGCGUUGUCUCUGCCGAGCUCGGAUGGCGCGAAUGAAGAGGAUCUAGACACCCUUCGGGAACAAGCAACUACAGUUCUGCAACAGAUGCAGGAAGCUUAUCGGCAGAGAACCUUUGCUAUGCAUCAAGCCUUGGCAGACAGAAAUGAGAAACGGGACGAACUCGAAGAGACCCGUGCACGCGUGAACCACUUGAAAAUCCAACUGGACACCAUGGCUGCCAAGGUCCUGGACCAAGAGAAAGCUAUGCAAGCAAUGGCUGAUGAUUUGGAGCAAGAACGGCUCUUGCGACAGCAACAAGAAGAGACACGUGGCCGCAGCGGUACCAUGCGCGCACACGCCUCUGACGACGAUGUACAUUCACUUGUGUUGCAAACGCCACAUCGGGCCGCCAAGCGAUCCAGUCAUGGCACCUUCACUAGCGACUCUGGAUUUGAAUCUGGAGAUGAGAGUGUUGCCGAGAGCAUCUUCUCGAGAGAAGACAGCAUUUGCUCUCCCACAUCCAUACUAACUACGCCGAGCUUAUCGCAGGUUACUCUGUCGUCCAGCUCGGCUUCAACCCCCACAAUACAUAAGAGCAUCGCCACAGUCACCAACUCGCCAACCCCGACGCGUCCCUCCGCAUAUGACCGUGUGAUCAAAGGGAUUGCCUCGACGCGCUUGGGAAGCUCCCUCGUCGCAGCAAACCAAAAUCAAUGCAAUAACUGUCAUGGAGUUCCUGCUUCGGAAGCUUGGAGCGUCAUGGGUAUUCUCAAGGACGAGAAUCGAGGUCUCAAGAACAGAAUAGGAGAGUUGGAGCUGGUCGUCGAUGAUUGCUUAAGUCUUGUUGGUUGA